ACUUCAACAAUUUUAAUUACUGCUUACUGCCAAGUGCCAAAAUUUAGAUAGAAGUAUAUUCAAAUUUAUUUUUAGAAGAACGAAAAAAUUGUUACAAUAACAAUUAAAACUUUCAUUAUAAAAAAAAUUGUUGAAAGCUUACGCUGUCAGUGAUUUAUUACUAUUGAACCUUAAUUGAAUAGGUACGGCUUUAUAGGGAGUAACCCAUCCAAAGCAUUGAAAUGAACAAUCAAUAAAUUAUCGAUGCUUGUGUAUACUCGAAAGCGUGUGGUGCAGAAAAUAGUGGUGUAAAAAUUAUAAUUUUUAAACAGCUUUCGAACUAUGCAUAUAUAUGAACAGCGAUGCCCCGGGAUAUUUUAAGCGAUAGCCUAGCAGUGUUACGUAUCGUAGAGCAUGAAGAUGAAGAAGAUUGGUCGCUUGAUGAAAAAAUGUCUUGUAAACAAACCACAAAGAAACCACUGAAUGCAGCAACCAAACCACAGGGAGCUGCUAAGGAUGACUGUGCAUGUUAUUACAACUAUGGACUCGGUGACACAACGUCAAACCGACAGAAUGACCCGGUAUACCAGUACAAGACCAACAGUCUGCCAGCCACAACAGGCAUUUCACACACAUGGGAUAACCUAGUGUGUUCUGCCUUACGGAUAUCUCCCGAGGAUAUAGCCAAUCAGCUGUCGUUGUUGGACCUCCCAUGCUUCAAAGCAAUACGGCCGGAGGAGCUGGUUACCUGUGGGUGGACAAAAUUGAAUAAGGCUACCGUUGCACCUAAUGUUGUGGCAUUCACGAAAAGGUUUAAUAGGGUAAGUUUUUGGACGGUGCAAGAGAUAUUGAACGGGCAGUCACCGAAAUCGAGAGCGGAAACUUUGGCACACUUUAUAAAGGUUGCGAAGAAACUGUACGAUCUGAACAACUUGCACUCGCUCUUCGCUGUUAUAUCAGCUCUGCACAGUGCAAGCAUCUACAGACUGUCGAAAACGUGGGCGUGUCUAUCGAAAAAGGAUAAACAACAGUUCGACAAAAUGGCGGAGUUGUUCGGCGAGAAGGAUAACUGGACGGCGUUGCGAGAGUACAUGAGAAGCAUACCCUUACCCUGCAUACCUUAUUUAGGCAUCUUCCUCACGGACUUAGUGUAUAUAGACAUGGCCCAUCCCGCGGGUUCGCCGCACCGGGCCACCAAAAUGGCGGUGGUGCUGAAGGCCCUGGAGCGAUACCAGAGCUCCGAGUACGACAUAGCGCCGGUGGCGCACGUCGCCAACUUCCUGAACAGCGUGCGGUACAUCGAGGAGCUCCAGAAGUUUCUAGAAGAUGACCAGUAUAAGUUAUCCCUAAAGCUGGAGCCGCCUUCCCCGGUGGGCAGUUGUUCAGGGUCAAAGGAGUCCAUCAAGGAGGCGCCUGGGUCCAGCCCCUUCACGUUGUCUCCCUCCCACCGGCAGGGAUCCGGUUCCCUGCGGGUCCAAGGAUCCUUCACGCAGGGCAAGUUCGUGCCGACGCACAGGAAGUGCAGAUCGUUAGGAUCCAAGUUUCGAAGUGCGAGCUUGCCAAGAAAUUUUCACAAGGUCAAUUUCGGUGUUGGUAUAUUCGGUAAAGGCCACCCGGACGACAAGGAGUGCAAGACGCCGGCCGGCUCGGUGAAUUUGCUCGACGAUACUCUGCUGGAGUCCCCUAGCUCAAUGGUCGAUAAGAUGUCCGAAUCGCUGCCCUUCAGCGAUCUGUCAACGGCGGAGGCAAUAGGUUGCGACUACCAGAGCUACGUGCGACGAAAAACAAUAGUGAAGGAUGGAAGAAAAAUCUCACUCUCUUCUUGGCAGCGCUAUUGGCUGCAGAUCACGGCCAAUAUCAUGAUCUUCUUCGCGUCUAAGUCGUUUAAAGGAACAACACGGAGCGACUUCAGCAAGGAGAGGUGCAAAGUGCUGACGCUGCACGCGGGCUGGCGGGCGCUCUGGUUGGAGACGGAGGCCAACGACGCGUUCCAAUUGGUCGAUCAGCAUGCGCACACGGUUUAUAAGUUCAAGACCGGUUCGGAGGCGACCGCGAGACAGUGGGUGACGAAAAUAAACAGCGUCACGAACAAAAUGGUGCAACCGCUUCCAGCGAAUCUCAUGUCUUUCGAGUAGCGUACGUACGUACGUUGAGUACUAGACUAUGUUAUUGCUAACGAAUUUUUCACUCCAUCCACGGAUGGACGGAUAGAUCUACGGACGUUACCAUAUGUAAUGCACGAUCAUGUAUUUAACGCGAGAUUUUCUUGUGAACGCAGUGUUUUAAUGACUUUCGUCCCGUGGAAAUGUAAAAUGUUGUCUAAUGAGCAAUAAUUGUUUAUAAUAUUACGGGAUGAUAUAUUUCGAAUAUUUAGUUUGUACUAGAUCGUUUAAUACACGAUUUUAUAUUGAAAAAAACUUAACGUAAUUAACUUGGUACGUGCUUUUUUUUGCAAUGGCGGGAAUAUUUCUAUGGAAUAUUCUGGAUUUACAGCGAAGAUAAAUCGGUAUGGUUAAUGUGUUGUUUGAAUGCAAUCGUGGAUAUUAUGGUAGCCGCGUAUGGAAGUUGUAUGGAUAGUAAUAAGCGAUAAUAAUUUCGGUUACGAUAUCAUACGUCAUGCGCUUGGAAUUAGACAAUAAAAUCUAUUAAACAAGCGUCGAACAAUUUGUAUAAAUAUUUAGCGAUUCGUUACUUGUAUGGGAAAACUUUCAAUGACACAUUAUAAUUACGCG